UCCUAUUAAAGCAAAAUCACAAUAUGUUUGAGAUGCAUGAAAAACUUCCAAUAUCAAAGUUAAGUUUUGAAAACCAAAACAGAAACUGUAACAUAAAGAACUUUGUUGAGUUGAAAGGAGAGGACACACCCAUUCUGCAUGCUAACCAUGAACAAUUUUACACUGAAAUUAUAUUGCCUGUCAGCACCAAACCCAUCAAUAAUAAGUCGCAGGCCAUUCAGGAACAGAGAACUCACCACAUUGAGAAAGUCCACAUAUGCCCUGAAUGUGGGAAAGCCUUCAUGAAAAUGUCUCUGCUCACUGAUCAUCAGAGAGUUCAUUCUAGAGAAAAACCUAAUGGAUGCAGUCCAUGUAGUAAAGCCUUCUCUAGAAAGUCCAGGCUCACUGCCCAUCCAAGAAUUCAUAAUGAACUGAAACAGUAUGAAUGCACUAAAUGUGACAAAACCUUCCUCACGCCAUCACAGUUCAGUAUACAUCAGAAAACUCACAUGGGACAGAAAUCUUAUAUGUGCAGUGAAUGUGGUAAAGCAUUCAUCAAAAAGUCUCGGCUCAUUUAUCAUCAGCGAAGUCAUACAGGAGAGAAACCCCAUGGGUGCAGUUUAUGUGGCAAGAACUUCUCUACGAAGUUUAGUCUCACUACCCAUCAAAAAAUUCAUACAGGAGAGAAACCCCAUGGGUGCAAUAUAUGUGGAAAGACCUUCUCUACAAAGUUUUGUCUCACUAAACAUCAAAACACUCAUACAGGAGAGAAACCCCAUGGAUGCAGUCUAUGUGGGAAGACCUUCUCUACUAAGUUUAGUCUUACUACCCAUCAGAAAACUCAUACAGGAGAGAAACCUUAUACAUGCACAGAAUGUGGAAAAGGCUUUUCAGUGAAGCGUGGCCUCAUCCUACAUCAACGAACUCAUACUGGAGAGAAACCCUACAUAUGUAAUGAGUGUGGGAAAGACUUCACCUGGAAAAACACUCUCAUCAGACAUCAGCGAGCACAUACAGGAGAGAAGCCCUAUGUAUGUAUUGUAUGUGAAAAAGGCUUCACCAUGAAGACUGAUCUCACUGUACAUCAAAGAACUCAUACUUUAGAGAAACUGUAUGUGUGUAGUGAAUGUGGGAAAGGCUUCUCAAUGAAGCACUGCCUCAUUGUACAUCAGCGAAUUCAUACUGGAGAUAAACCUUAUGUAUGUAAUGAGUGUGGGAAAUGCUUUCCCUGGAUGUGCCCUCUCAUCAGACACCAACGAGCACAUACAGGAGAGAAACCCUAUGUAUGCAAUGUAUGUGGAAAAGGCUUCAGCAUGAAGGGGGGUCUCACUGUCCAUGAGCAAACUCAUACUUCUGAGAAACCAUAUAUGUGUAAAGAAUGUGGGAAAGGCUUUACUCAGAAGUACAAACUCAGUGUACAUCAGCGCAUUCACACGGGAGAGAAACCCUAUGUGUGCAGUGAAUGUGGAAAAGGCUUUGCAGUGAAAAACAAGCUGAUUGUACAUCAGCAGAUUCAUACGGGAGCGAAACCUCAUGUUGUAGUGAAUGUGGGAAAGGCUUCAUCUUAAAGAGCCCUGCCAUCUGACAACAGUAAACAUACAGGAGAGAAGCCUUAUGUAUGUAGUGUAUGUGGAAAUGGUUUCACCAUGAAGAGUGAUCUCAGUGUACAUUGGUGCACUUAUAUGUAAGAGAAACCUUAAAUAUUCAAUGAAUGUGUCAAAGGCUAAGCUGGAAAAAGCAUGCUCAUUGCACCUCUGCAAAUUCAUAUGCAGAUAAACUAUAUGCCAUGAAUGGACUUCACCAUGAAGAAUACUCUAAGUAUACAUCAACAAAUUCAUACCACAGAGAAGCCAUACAAAUGCAAUGGAUGUGGUGAAGGCUUUAGGAAAAAGAUAUGCCUCGUGCAACAUCAGAGAUUUCACUAAGGAAAGACUUUUCAUGUUCUGAACGUGGGAAAUUCUCAUUGUGCAAAAAUAAUCUCAUUACCCAUCAGAA